AUGCAUUUAUGGAAGCACGAUUUUCGAGGCAGGGUGCUGGUUGUUGCCAUCGCCCUGGCGUCCUGCCAGGCAUUCCUGUUGCUAGGCUUCGAUCAGGGCGUCAUGAGUGGGCUGGUCGGCGCGGACAACCGGUUCGGACGCGACUUUGAUAACCCAGACGCAAACAUGCAAGGAAAUAUCACCGCGUUGUACGAUAUCGGGUGCGUCCUCGGUUCGAUAGUCUCGUAUUUCGUUGGAGAACGACUGGGACGACGGACCAUGUUGAUAGCUGGUGGAGGAAUCAUGGUCAUUGGGACAGUGAUUCUGGCAAGCUCGGACACAGUGGCACAGUUGAUCGUCGGUUCGUACAGUCCAUAA